CAGCAGUCGCCCGAUGCGUAGCUGGAGUAGGAGGAGGAGGCCUGGAGCAAAGCGAUCCGCGGUGGGGGGGAAUGGGCGACAUUUGAUCGGGGGAAAAGGCUGUCAGCGAAACGGAGAGACGCGCCGGAGACAUGGACGACGGCAGCGGUUUCAUCGAGUUCGACGUGCCCGAGUUCAGCAGCACCGUCCUGAGCCAGCUCAACGAGCUGCGGCUGCAGGGCAAGCUGUGUGACAUCAUCGUGCACAUCCAGGGCCAGCCCUUCCGCGCCCACAAGGCCGUGCUGGCGGCCAGCUCGCCGUACUUCCGCGACCACUCCGCCCUCAGCACCAUGAGCGGCCUGUCCAUCUCCGUCAUCAAGAGCCCCGAGGUGUUCGAGCAGCUGCUGGCCUUUUGCUACACGGGCCGUAUGUCGCUGCAGCUCAAGGACGUCGUCGGCUUCCUCACCGCCGCCAGCUUCCUGCAGAUGCAGGCCGUCAUCGACAAGUGCACCCAGAUCCUGGAGGGCAUCCACUCCAAGAUCAGCCUGCCCCCUAGUGGCAGCCCCGGCAAGGACGGCCCCCUGGCCAGCCGCAACGGCGUGAAGGACGGUGGCCUCUUCGUCAACCCCACGCAGAUCUCGCCGCCGUACUUCUCACGGCAGGCACUGGCGUCGGCGGGCGGCGCCGAAGGUCGGCCAGAUGUGGCGGGGAGGGGCCCAUCCCGGGCACGGGUCCCAGAGGAGGGGCAGUCAGACCGUGGCAGCAGCGACGGCGUGUCCGAGCAGGAGGCGGCCAUGGAGGGCGAGCAGGAGGCCGUGGAGCUGAUCGGGCGGGACGGGCAGGUGACGGACGUGCGGGUGAAGCUGGAGAAGGCGGAGCGGCCCAACUGCUCAGACAGCUCGUCGGCGGGUGGUGACGACGGCUACCACACAGAGCUGGUAGACGGUGAGCAGGUGCUGGCGGUGAGCGUGGGCUCGUACGGCUCGGUGCUGCCACCGGCCGGCUACGCUUACCCCGCCCUCUCGUCCCCGUGCUUCGUCAGCCUCAGUAGCUCUAGCCCCUCCCGCUCCAUGCUGAGCGGUUUCCGUGGGGGCCGGGCCCGGCCCAGGCGGCCCGCAGUGGUGGCGGCGGGCCCAGCCGAGGCGCCGGGCCGCGCCGGGCUCUCCCGGGAUGAGGGGGACCCCCCGCCGGGGGGCGCAGCCUUCGAGAACGACGUGCGCGAGCGCAGCCUGCGGGGGCCGUGGUACCCCUACGGCGAGCGUCUGAUCUGCAUCUACUGCGGCAAGUCCUUCAACCAGAAGGGCAGCCUGGACCGGCACAUGCGGCUGCACAUGGGCAUCACGCCCUUCGUCUGCAAGUUCUGCGGCAAGAAGUACACGCGCAAGGACCAGCUGGAGUACCACAUCCGCGGCCACACGGACAACAAGCCCUUCCACUGCCAGAUCUGCGGCAAGUGCUUCCCCUUCCAGGGCACGCUCAACCAGCACCUGCGCAAGAAGCACAUGGGGGCGGCUGACGGCGGCGGGAACCACGCAGCCGACUCCCCCGAGCGGGCGGAGGGGGCCGGGGGACAGCGGGACCCUGAGGACGGCCCGGUCUCCGACGGGGGUGCAGCCGCGGGUACGCCGUACGCCGAGGAGGCUUCUCGCCAUGGCAACGGCGACGAGAGCGCCAGGUGCAGCCCAGAGGAGGCGCAGGCGUCACGGUGUGAUUAUUAGGGUUCCUGGGUUCUCCCCCGCCCCACACCCCCCCGUGUGUCCUGCCGUUGUUGUCCGUCGAUGAAAGCUUUAAGGGUUUUGUGUUGGAGGCGACCCCCCCUGUCCCCCCCCAGCGGGGUUAUGUGUCGUCCCUGAUCGUGAAAGUCGAACGUUGUUUUAAAAAAAGAGAAAAGGGUGCUUUUUCUAAGUAGAUUCUCUCAAAGGGAAGGUGUGAUUCUGGAGUAUUACUUACGUCGAGGUGACCGCAAUAAUCAAGGUCACCUUUUGCAUUUGUGUUUUCCUGUUUUUUUAUCUUGCUAUGUUGAAACAUAUUUACAGAGUAAUAUAGGCAUGUUGCAAUAAGAAUAUUAAUAAUGUGAAAUUUCAGAUAACAAAUCCUUGUCAUAUCACAUCCUUACCUGACGUGUUUUUUGCACAUACGGCCGUAGGAAGAGAAGAAAAAAAAAACAAAGGUCGCUUUCUCACAAGGAAUGGUUUUCUGCCAGUGCAAAGCUUUUUGUGACACAUCCCGUCAAUACCUCAUGAUACAAACACAUACUCAUAACAGUAUUUAGCUAUUUUUUAAAGUCUACCUGGGUUCCACCUCAUAGCCAAGAACCCAAUGCGAAGUAAUACGUUUACUUUCUUAGAACUUUUUUGUUUUGGGAUUUAUGUGUUUCAGUUCUGAAACCCAGAGAAAAACCAUAGCUCAGACACCAAGCCUUGAUAUUUCAGCAAAAUAUUCCUCACUGUUUGUGUGAACUGAAGACUAGGUCUUGUCCAAAGUUUUGCAGUAAGCCAGGACUUAAUGUAGGAGUCAACAGACACAAAUGUUGGAUCGUAAGAGGGUGUAUUUGGCAGACUGCUUGCGUUGAGCAAGCACAAGAAUGAGGCUAGAAGUCUUUUGGUUGGUGAUUAGAAAAAUCAGUGAACCACAUGUAAUAUGAAAUAUUUUUCCAUCCGUCACUGCGUAUGGGGUUUGACAACCAAGAGACACUUUUAUAUUUGCUUUCACAAUGUUGACGCUGGGGGUCGUGUUUAACCAAUUUAUCCAGAGAUUAUCCCUUUUCAGACACAUCAACAUAGCAAGAGCAAAGAUUUCACUUUUGUCUCAUUUCAUGUUAGUGUGCAGCCAGCAAAAAAUCAUCGAGGAGAAAUCUGGUCAAAAUCUAUAAUUUGACAUUUACUGUUUAUAUCGAUGACCUCACAUGCAGCAGUUUAUGUAGAGACCUAUUAUGUAUACUGUAUAUGCAUAUAUGUCUAUAUGAACAUUAUAUAGAUUUAAAGUAUAAUACAAUUAGCCCCAUUGUUUUCUUGGUAAGACAGUUUACCAGAAGAUUACAGUAUUUCCAAACCUCAUUUCAGUUUUUACUGAUUUUCACCUGUAAUUUGUGUUCCAUGAUCUCAAAAUGAUGGACAAUUUGACAGGGUUACUGGUCAAAUUUGGAGGAUUUUACACCCAUGUGGUGGUGGUGUGUGCGCGUACGCGCAUUUCUGAUACAAGUCCAAUGCUUGUACAAGUGUAAUGUCUGUCUCUGAAACCAGAGUGAAAGACUAAAUUCUCAUUCAAAUUAAAUGUGCGAAAUUCACCAUUUAGAGUGAAUAUGGUGAGAACAGAAGGAUUCACAAAGCAUUAAUAAACAGGAGACAGGAUACUUUUCAGGUACUGCAGUUGUAUUAGUGGGUCCCAUUUAUUAGUGCCUUUUCGCCAUCUAGUGGUAAAAUGCAGAUACUGUUGCUGCUCGGAGGGAGCUGCUCAUAUCAGUCAGUGUGAGUGAAAGGAGGGAACCACUGUUACUAGGGUUGAGUAGUCACAGAGAAUUAAAUGCAGGGAAGCCAUAAAAUGCGCUAGAAAUGGCAUUGCGUUGGAGAAACUAUGACUACAGCACAGAAUACCCUAAAGCUAAUAAAGCUGACGUCAGCUGUGGUGUCUAGCCCUAUGCUGCUUGUGAUGGCUAUUGUCAUUUCUCGUGUAGGCUUGAGUUGUGUGUCAGAUGUGAAACAGAAAAGCAAACAAAUUCCUUUGUUUUACAAAGUAAAGGUUGGAUUUUCUCUUCCUCUUAAAAGUCUCAAAGAAUUCUCCCAUUCUUACUAUUCUCAAAAUAAUCCUUGAUUUUAAUAGAUUUUUUUUUUUUUUUAAUUACAUAUUUAAAACAGAAAUGAUGGGGCUUAAAUUAUGUAUUUGUAUGUGGGGGUUGUAAGUUGUCAUGUGAGUGUAUAUUUUACAAAUUGUAUAUUGUAGGUUGAAUACACAUAUAUGUGUAUACAGUUGGUCAGAUUAUAGUUUUUGACCAGAAUAUUCCUUUAAGCAUUCUGCUGUUCAUAAGAGAAUCUUUUCAGUGCAGCUGGCUUUGAUCUCUGGCUAUAAAUAAACCACUUAAAAUAUGCAAACACAAACGGCACACAAUACAGGAUAACCAGACUGGGGCUUUUUUAUUUUCUGCUUGUAUGAGUGCUUUUUGUCCAAUAUUAAUUUUGAAGGGGUUCAUCAUUAAUCGCACCACUCGGUGAUCUUUUGACUACACGACACCCGUGAUAGUGUGCCAGUGCAAAGUGGACCCCGCAUUAUACUUUUGUCUUAUGACGGAAUUGGCAGGAGCAGAGCUAUUAGAUUCAGGAAAGGACUGAAUAUGCUGAACAGAGCUGGUGAUCCAAAGUAUUAGUGCACUUUGUAAGUGGAUUGGGUGUGAGCUGAAAGUUGACCUCUGAAGGCAGAUCCCUGAUGUUUUUCCUUGUCCUGGUAGAGAACGCUGCUGCUGGCUCUGAGAGGUGGUUGCACCUGUGACUCGUGGUCCAGCCCCUCCCCCCCGGCCUCUUUGCGUGUCGAGAAACCAAAAGAAUCCUCAAAUCCAUGCGUCUGUCUGCACAGGAGCGGAGGGUGGGGCUGGCUUUAUGGUUGCCAUGGCGGUCAGAACGCAGCACAUUUUACGUUUUGGCGUCCACAGUUCAGAACUUCAUUGUGAACAUUUCCUUGUCUUUACUACAUACAACAAUAACUCACUCAUUGACAGUACUGUAACAUGUUUUUUGCUUUGUUUUGUUUUUGGUUUUUUUUUUGCCGGUGUGGCAAAUCAUUAUUUUCAUCAGAAAGAAACUUGACACCAUGCCUGUGAUGCAGGCAUGUCUUUGCAUUGCAUUCUGGGUGAUUCUUAGUGCCAUUCACAGAGAGAGAGGGAGCAGGGGUCAGGGAAAAGGGGCAGUAAUGAUGUAGUCCCAGGUGGAUUAUGGGACAUGUAGGACAGUCUUAAGAGAUGGUGAAGUCCCCAAGUCUCCCGUCAUGCUUGAGCUGCCAGUUAGUGUGUUGAUCCCUCUGGGGGUUUCUCUCUGCCAGCUUUGGAAAACGGCCCAGCUGUUCCUCACCUGCUACCGCCAGCCCGUAACAGCUCGCCAUCGUCCCACCAUCUGGAGGAGCAGCUCUCUUCUGAGGGCUCGUGGUCCGAAAUGGGGCGGGGGAGCUGGUUGAGUAUAGAGAGAAAGAGAUGUACACCCCCCAUGUGCAACCCCCCCCCCAUGCAAGGUCCAGAUGUGGCUGGGCAGAAAACAUAACCACUGAAUUUAGUAAGUAAUUCUGGGAACGCUUAGCACUUACACAAGGAUUUCCUUCCAGGAAUAGACAGCGGUACCCUCUAGUGUGAGCACGGUGCCUCUUAUUUAAUUCUUGUUCCUUCCAAACUAUGACCAGCCGUCUUGAGCAAAAUAACUCAUUUUAUCUUAGUUCUUUUGUAAUUUCUUUUUUCAUCAUGGUGCUUGUUUUUUCAUUUUCAUUGUGUGAGCAUUUUCAUAUUAUGUAAUAUAGGUCACUACAGCAGUAGGAUUUUACUGUGAAUCCUCACAACAACAGUACUACAUUGUAUUUUUUAUCAUGUCUUUCCAUACUCAUCAAAUGCCAUGAAAAUGGUUCCGUUUACAAGAAACAAGGAUACUUCAAAUAACUUGUGAAUUCUAACUGAAUUGUCUUCUGGUUGUAGUUUGAUAUGUUGCUGAUUAUGUGGAUUUCUGUUUUGCAGCAUGUGCUUCACCACGCGUCUAUUUUAAGUUAAUUCCCAAAGCGAAGUGUUCGUUUAUAGAGCUUUUAACUUUAGGCAGAUUUUUUUUUGUUUCAUUCUCACUGCCUGCUACAGCAUGAGUGUUAAUGAUAUAUUUUUAACCCAUAUCCAAAGUGUCGGCCGGGAUUUGGUUGUAAGCUGUGCAAGAUUGAAACAGGUUUGCUUGAUUGCUUUAAUAAACAGAAUCAGUUUUCCCUCU